AUGCCUUCCUUCACGCCUGAUGAUUAUACGAUCGCGUGGAUCUGUGCCUUACCGCUAGAAGCGGCAGCGGCUCGCGCCAUGCUCGACAAGAUCCACACCCCACCUCAAUGGUCUACUGAUCCCAACGCCUACGAACUUGGCGAACUAAACGGCCAUUAUAUCGUCAUCGUUCUCCUACCAGCGGGAGUGUAUGGAACAGUGGCUGCCGCGACCGUCGUAUCAGAUAUGCUCUCGACCUUUCCUGGGCUUCGGUUUGGAUUAAUGGUGGGAAUUGGAGGCGGGGUCCCCGGAAAACAAAAUAACAUGCGAUUAGGGGACGUGGUAGUCAGCAAGCCCGGUGUAAAGCAUAGUGGGGUAAUGCAGUAUGCCUAUGGUAAGGCAGUUCAAAGUGGGCAGUUCGAACAAACGGGGACGUUGAAUAAACCGCCACAGAUCCUUCUGACGCAUAUGAAUCAACUUCAGGCGAAACACAUGACUGGCGGUGAGGAUGUUUCACAAAUAGUGCAGCAAGUACUAGAACGAUAUCCCAACAUGAAAAAGAGCUUCUGCCCCCCAGGAUAUGACACUGACUAUCUUUUCCAACCCUCCUAUCACCAUGCCAGCAGAGACAAUGACUGCGGAAAGUGCGACAAACAGCAAUUAGUCGAACGACAACCGCGUGAUACCAAAGCGCCUCACAUUCACUAUGGAUUGAUCGCGUCCGCAGACCAGGUGAUGAAGGACGCAAAAACACGAGAUCGUCUAGCUCAAGAACAUGGGAUACUUUGUUUUGAGAUGGAGGCAGCAGGUCUUAUGGACAAGCUUCCAACUCUUGUGAUCCGAGGGAUAUGCGACUACUGCGAUUCCCACAAGCAGAAACAGUGGCAGGGGUAUGCAGCCUUGGCAGCAGCAGCCUAUGCAAAAUUAUUGUUAUCGAUCGUGCCCGUUGAAGCUGCCACGGCUGCACGGUCAAGACAACGUUAUAGUAGUGAAGACCAACGCUGCCUGCAAGACUUGCUCUUGAGCCAUCCAGAUGAUGAUCGAAGACGCAUUGAAGGCACUAAGGGUGGAUUGCUGGACGACUCAUUCCGAUGGAUCUUGGCUAGUUCCGAAUAUCAGGCAUGGUGGAACAGCUCAGAGAGCCAACUUCUUUGGAUUAAGGGAGAUGCUGGGAAGGGUAAGACCAUGCUUAUGAUUGGGAUCAUCAAGGAGCUGUUGAAACCAAAAUCAUCUAAAUUGCUUGCCUAUUUCUUAUGCCAAGGAACAGAUCGCAAUCUGAACAAUGCUACCGCUGUCUUGCGAGGCUUGAUUUAUAUGCUGAUUACCAAGCAGCCGCACUUGAUUUCACGCCUGCGACAAAGAUACGACACAGAAGGUCAAAGACUGUUUGAGGGUUCAAAUGCUUUUUACAGCCUGUCCACUGUUUUUGAAAACAUGAUUGAACAUCUACAGCAAGCCCCGGUACACCUACUUAUUGACGCCCUUGAUGAGUGUAAAGUGGACUUGGAAAACUUGCUUAAACUGAUUGCGAAAACAAUGUCCAUGUCAUCCGUCCGGGUCAAAUGGAUUGUCUCCAGUCGCAAUAUGGGCUAUAUUGAGAAGAUCCUAAACCCUGAUCAUGAAGCCAAUAAGCUCAGCCUUGAGCUCAACACGGGUUGCAUUUCUCAUGCAAUUGAGACAUAUAUCAACUACAAAGUUCUGCGCCUCAGAAUCCUUGAGAGUGAUCAAGAACUCCAGGGACAUGUCAGAGAUCAACUCAGCAAAAAGGCCGAUGGGACGUUCUUAUGGGUGGCACUGGUGAUUGAAGAACUUCGCAAAUGCGAGCUUGAAGAAGAAGUCCUUGACGCCCUUGAGAACAUUCCAACAGAUCUCUUCGGACUCUAUAAUCAAAUGAUAGAGCAGAUAGAUCAACUCAAGGGUCGGCGUCGUGACGUCUGUAUAAAGGUCUUGUCCAUGGCGGUUCUUGCCUAUCGCCCGCUGCACUUAUCUGAGAUGCGCCACCUAACCGCGAAGCAGAAAAAAGGGGAGAUAGAGAGGACAGUCGGGCUGUGUGGAUCAUUCCUUACAAUCCGCGAUGAAUAUGUCUAUCUCAUCCACCAAUCAGCCAAGGACCAUCUUGACAAAAUUUAUGCCGAUACUGCCAUCCUACAAGAAAAGUCAGUGACCCAUCACAUAUUGUGGAGCCGAUCCAUAGAGAUUCUCUCGAUUAAGCUGCGACGCAACCUCUAUAAUCUUGAUAAUCCAGGUCUUCUAGUAUCUGAGAUAGCGGCUCUCCGACCACAUCCUGACCCGCUGUUCGACCUGCGAUAUAGUUGCACGUACUGGUUGGACCAUUUCAUUGAUUCUGGGUCCCUGACGAAGGUUGAAUCAUCAGAAGGUCAAAUAUCCGAAUUUUUCAAACAGCAUCUCCUCCACUGGUUAGAAAGCCUUGGCCUCAUUGGCGAGCUCCGGCAUGGGAUAUUAAGUCUCAAAAAGCUUUCCGCUUGUCAUACCCAGCAUCAGGCUAUCUUCAAGGAAGCCGAGAGGUUUGCGAGUGGCAAUGCUAUAAUAAUACAAGAGGCACCUCUACAAACCUAUAGUGCCACACUUGUCUUCUGUCCUCAAAAUAGUUUGAGCAAGAAACUCUAUUGGGAUGAGCGGUUCGAGUUUAUAGAGCGGGCAUAUGUAACGCAGGAAUCCUGGGAUCCAUGUAUGCAAGUUCUGGAGGGCCACACGGGCUGGGUCACAGCAGUGGCCUUCUCACCUGGGGGGCAGACAAUCGUGUCUGCCGCCGCUGAUGAGACCAUCCGGCUCUGGGAUGCAGCCACGGGCAGUGCGAGGCAGACCCUGCAGGGCCACACAGGCUGGGUCAUCGCAGUGGCCUUCUCACCUGACGGGCAAAUAAUCGCGUCUGCUGCCAAAGAUGGGACAAUCCGGCUCUGGGAUGCAGCCACAGGUACUGCAAGGCAGACCCUGCAGGGCCACAUAACCUCAGUUGAGGCAGUAGCCUUCUCACCUGGCGGGCAGACAAUCGCGUCUGCUGCCACAGAUGGGACCAUCUGGCUCUGGGAUGCAGCCACAGGUGCUGUGAGGCAGACCCUGCAGGGCCACACAGGCUGGGUCACAGCAGUGGCCUUCUCGCCUGACGGGCAGAUAAUCGCGUCUGCUGCCACAGAUGGGACCAUCCAGCUCUGGGACACAGCCAUGUGUAGUGCAAGGCAGACUUUGCAUGGCCACAUGGACUGGGUCACAGCAGUGGCCUUCUCACCUGACGGGCAGAUAAUCGCGUCCGCAGCCAAAGAUGGGACCAUCCGGCUCUGGGACGCAGCCACGGGUAGUACGAGGCAGACCCUGCAGGGCCAUACAGCCUCAGUUGAGGCAGUAGCCUUCUCACCUGACGGGCAGAUAAUCGCGUCUGCUGCUAAAGAUGGGACCAUUUGGCUCUGGGAUGCAGCCACAGGUGCUGUGAGGCAGACCCUGCAGGGCCACACAGACUCAGCCAUGGCAGUGGCCUUCUCACCUAACGGGCAGACAAUCGCGUCUGCUGCCGAUGAUAAGACCAUCCGGCUCUGGGAUGCAGCCUCGGGUAGUGUGGGACAGCCCCUGCAGGGCCAUACAGACUCAGUCAUCGCAGUGGCCUUCUCACCUGACGGGCAGAAAAUCGCGUCUGCUGCUGAUGAUAAGACCAUCCGACUCUGGGAUGCAGCCACGGGCAGUGCGAGGCAGACCCUGCAGGGCCACACAGGCUGGGUCACAGCAGUCGCCUUCUCACCUGAAGGGCAGACAAUCGCGUCUGCUUCCUAUGAUAGGACCAUCCGGCUCUGGGACACAGCCACAGGUAGUGUGAGGCAGACCCUGCAGGGCCACACAGCCUCAGUUGAGGCAGUAGCCUUCUCACCUGACGGGCAGACAAUCGCGUCUGCUGCUGAUGAUAAGACCAUCUGGCUCUGGGACGCAGCCACAGGUGCUGUGAGGAAGACCCUGCAGGGCCACACGGACUCUGUCACGGCAGUGGCCUUCUCAUCUGAUGGGCAGACAAUCGCGUCCACUGCUGUUGAUAAGACCAUCUGGCUCUGGGACGCAGCAACAGGUGCUGUAAGGAAGACCCUGCAGGGCCACACGGACUCUGUCACGGCAGUGGCCUUCUCACCUGAUGGGCAGACAAUCGCGUCCGCUGCUGCUGAUAAGACCAUCCGGCUCUGGGACGCAGCCACGGGUAGUGCGAGGCAGAUAUAUCAUUCUGAUACAAUAUUCGCUCUCCUUGAAUUAUAA